AUGGAUAAAGAAGAUCGAAUAAGUUAUCUGCCAAGAAAUGUUAUAGAUCGCAUCUUUGAGCUCCUGCCUGUCGAAGAUGCAGCAAGAACUAGUAUUUUGUCCACAAAAUGGAGAUAUAUUUGGGCCGCGCUUCCAAAUCUGGUGCUAGAUAAUCCCUUUUGCAAUAAAUUAGCAUUAAGAUCUCGACAUAUUUUCGAACAAACAAUAGACAAGAUUCUCUUACAACAUAUUGGAGAUAUUGUUACAUUUGAUCUCGAUAUGUCAGGACUACAGUUGUCUCUGUGUCCAGCUAUUGAUAGAUGGAUACUUUAUGCCACCAGAAAUAGUGUCAAGAAGUUAAAGCUUAACAUGCCAAAGGAUAGUCCUUUCAAAGUGCCUUCUUAUAUAUUUAAUUGUCCAACCCUGACAAAAUUGAAACUCUUUAACUGUGUCGUUAAACUCCCAAAAUCUUUUCUUGGCUUUCAAAAACUUACAAAGCUUUCUCUGCGAAAAGUAACCUUUGAGUCAACUACAGAAAUUUGUGUUAUUAAUGUCCCCCUUCUUGUCAAAUUGUCCUUGAUAAAAUGUAAUGGUACUCAAUACCUCAACAUUGUUUCAGUUGGGUUGAAGUCCUUGCAUUUUUAUGAGAGUCGGUGUAAUCUUGACCUAAAUUGCUUUAUGAACUGCAAACAAUUGACAUGUUUGUAUCUGGAGGUUGAUAAUUAUUCAAUGCCUGCUGAAAGAAUAACUUUGGAAAAGCUUCUUAUUAGCUUUGCUACACUUGAGGUGCUUGCGUUGUGUUCAUUUGAACUUGAGGUGAAGUUCCAAAGGCGAUCCCUUUUACGUUCAACUGCUUGUAUCAUCUACAUUUAG